GAGUACAAAUUCACCACUAUAACUCGUUGAAAAUAAUCUAAAAAGAUAAGAAAGUACGAGUGGAUUGUUUGGAAGUCUAGGAAAAUGUCAUUUCAGUCGAUCUACGAUAUCAGUUCAUGAAGGUUAUAGUGAGUUUUUUACAAUAAUGGAUUUUCCUAAAAUCGAUUCUGUUAAUGAUAGGAUAAAUUGUCAACUAUGUAAUGUGAAAUUAAUCCAUAGAAAUGAUUUCAAGAAACACGAAAAAGGCAGAAAACAUCUAAAAAAUCUAUCGGAAAUAAAAAAUAAAAGAGAAGCGGAAACUAAGUUUAUAUGUGAGAUCUGUAACAAAAUUCUCACAAGUGAAGAAUUUUAUCGGCGUCAUUUGGAAAGUAAAUCGCAUAAAAAGCAAGCAAGUAAGCAUGGAUUUAUUAAGGAUACUGUAGUUGUUGAAAGAGAUCUGAGUAAAAAAACUCAAAAUUUCAAAGUAUUAUCGCUUCCAGUUCCGCCAUCUACAUCUAGUUCACUUAAUGCCGUUGAACAAGACGUUGACAAAGUAGCAUUCCACCGAGAGAAAUAUAAACCCCGUAGUGACCCUCUGGCAUUUGGGUUUUUGGAAUCGUACAUUUACUCUGUGGUGUCUCAACUUAGCUUAAGAUUGGCUCUAGAUCCGAAUGUUAUGCAGUUCAAGAUUUCAGUCAACGAUAAAAAAUGGCAUACGUACGGAGACAUAGUUAUCAAUUUAACAUACAAAAGAAAGACAAUAUCCAAAACUAAGUAUGCUAUUAGGUGCAAAAAUAUAUCUGAUGCAUCCAGAACUAUAGAUUCCCUCAAUGAUGCUAAGAUUUAUUUAAAUAAAGAAUACGAGUCGAUAAUUUGUUGUAGAAAACAAGAAGAUUAUGCUCAAACGAAGUUUGUUAUUUUCACUACUUGUAAUAUAAGCUCAAAAUUCCCAAAUAAUGUAGAGCUGGACAGGAAGUUUCUGAAGAAUCAUAUGAAAUCCACUAAGGACAAUAUUCCCAAUAUCGUUAAAGUACAACCUUUGGGUAACAGGAUUGAUGUUAUAAAUAUUUCUAGUGAAAAUGACAACAUAUUUUCUAUAUUUCCCGAAUCUGAAGAUAUAGAAUUACCUCAACUAUAUCUCUACACCAACCAACGAGUUUUACCUCACAGCGUUGAUGAAAUCAUAAAGAAAAAUUUCAAAUUUACCUCAAAAUUUUCCAGAAUCUACUUGGAAUAUAUUGAAAAUUGGGCAUUAGGAAAACUAGGUGGCUACUACUUUCUAACCAAAAAGGAUAUUCUAUUAAAGAUAGGUGAAAUAUUAUUGACACCUUAUGUCUUUUACCCAAAAAUGAUUAAUUUCAAAGGAGGUAAUUUCGACACUUGGAAUGAAGUUGUGGAAAAAACCGAUGUUAUAGUAGUUCAAAAUGAACCCUUUGUACUAAGUAAGUUAUGCGAACCUUUCAAUCAAACCAUAGAGGAAUCUUUGUCCGUUGAGGAUAGUGAUGGUACGUCAAUAAAAGUGAAAAUAGAUUCUAUAACAAAAACGGUUUCUAUCACCGAUAAACUUAUCGAAAAAAUUAAAGAUACUAAAAUAAAAGCUUACCUGGUGGAAGAUUGUAAUAUAGGAAAAGGAUCAUCAGAAGUGCGUUUGAAUAAAUUAUAUAAUGUUUUUUGGAAAACUGGGCAAAUAUCACUUUUGAUAUCUUUAGAAACUAGUAAAGAUUCGAAAAAAUUAAUUUUUGAUAUAAUAGAAUUUUUAAAAAAAGGAGGUGUACAUAAAAAAUUCUUACUAAGAACAGAUGAACCGUUUUUUCAAAUAAAUUUGACGGAAAAUUUGAAAGUAUUCUCUUGUUUAGAAGAUAUUAAAGAUAUCGUUGAAUUAGAAGAUAUAAAAAUAAGUAUUUCUAAAAAUUUUACUAUUUCUUUGAAAAACAUCAGUGAGUCCGAUCCUUUUAUCCUAAAAUGGGUAUCACCAAGUAUUUUUUUUGACAUGAUUCUAUAUAAAUAUACAAUGCGAAAAAACGAAACGUCUCAAAUGAAUAUACAGGCUGAUCUAAAGAUAAUUUUGGAUGAAGAAACUAAGAAGCAGAUACUAUCUACACUUUAUCAAACGGAAGUAACACCGACUGGAUUGGGGGGAAGAUUAAUAGGAGUUGAACCUGGAAUAUUUUAAUCUAAUCACCUACAAAAUUUUAGUAGGAGUACCACGAGGAAGUGUAUUAGAGCAGUUCUAUGCACCUAAAAUGAUACAAGGUACAAUACCACCUUCGCAGAUGAUACUGUUAUUAUGGCAUUGCGGAAAAUACCCGAAGAAGCUGCUAAUACAAUACAAAAUUCAUUAAAUCGAAUCAACAAAUAGAAUUAGAAUAAAUGAAUAAUCAAAUUAAAUUAGAUUAGUAUCUUUUAAAUUAUAGUGAAACGGUUGAAUAGUACACAGAUCCCUUAUAUUAAUUCAGCAAAAUAAGUUGGUAUUGCUCUAUAGCAAGGGGUCUACGGCUCGCGGGCCAGAUCCGGCCCGCCAGUUCCAUCGAUCCGGCCCGCGACAGCUUAAGACUAAUGUACUAUGUAUAUAGUAAUGUACUAUGUAUGUACUAUGAUAAGUUGAAUGGAAAAGAAUGAAAAUAAAGAGUGAUAAUUACUUUAUUUAAUUGCAAGGUAAAACUUUGAUGAUGUAGAAAACUCAACUAAAAUAUCUAAGAUUAAGAAUAUUUAUAACUAACAAACAACAAAUAUGAAAUUAAUCCCAAUUAAUGAAAUCACCGACUAUUGUUUUGGUCCUUGGGAUGUAAAAAAUUAUCCUGACCCGAAGGCUUCAAAGUUUGGAGAGCCCUGCUCUAGAGCAUAGACUUCAAGACAAAAAGAAACUUGAAGAAUUCAAUAUAAUAUUGAAAAAAUACAUUGGUUCUUCACCUUGUCAAUUUAUGAUAAAAGCGUUCUCAUUUAAGUAUGUGUUUGAGGUAUGUUGAUAGGAAAUAAUAUAAAAUUUGAGAGAAGAACAAAUAGGCUGGUUUCAAAAUUAUAAAUUAUAACUUUAUUAUAUUAACUUCCACGACUUAUCCUCAAGAAGUCAGAUUGGAAAACUUAAUGAAUAGCUCUGCAGGUUUCUGGUGCGACUGGGCAAAGUAGUUGUGGAGAUGUAAGUGAACAUCAGAUCUUUGUAUGAGGUUUUAAUGGCCCUUGAGGUUACAAUAAAGCUUCGUUCAUCAGUAAAAAAAUGACGGUAUCUUUUUGUUUUUCUAUUCAAAUAUUGAGGCAAAUUCGAACAAUUCAGCGACUGAUUCGUUUUUUAUAUUAUUUUGCAUGGACUGCUCUAAUUACAAAGCUGGAUCGCUGGUUGAAUAGCAAGUAGGAGCGUUCAACAACUCGGAACGUGAAUGCCUCGCUUUAGAAAUCGUUCCAUGAGAACGAGUAAUUUCACAUUUAUAUUUAAUUAACGUUCCCUAGCUAUCUUCAGUUAAUUUUCGAUGUAAAAAAUAUGAUGUUUGAUUAUGACUGGAAAAGUUAACAUUAAAGACAGAAACUAACCAUGAUACUACCGUAAAGAAAAUCUCUCGUCGCUCAUUCAAAAAAUCCCCUCGAAAUUAAGCAAAAAACAAUUUUGAGUCAAUAAAUUGGAAAAAAAUGUCGAUUGAGGGUGAUAAAUUUGGAAAGUAUAAAACCCUAGUUGAAUUUGAAUGGGUAUGUAUUGAAGAUAAAUGCUGAUCCACAUUUGGGGACCCCAAUAACCGUGAGAUUAUGAAAAUCAAUUAUUCCUAUCAUCAUUUAUGAAUUGGUAAUUUCAUUAUAUAAUUUAUCAAAAUAUAUAGAACUUUAUUUCUGGUUGAUGGUCGAAAUAUAUUCCACAAAAAUGCGGCUUUUCUUUUGUUUACAAUUCUUUCUGUUCUCAAAGUAACUUCGGUAAACGAUUUUAUCCACUUUAUAUUUCCUCCCCAUGCUUUUAGCUGACUCAUACUUGAUCUAGUAUGUAUAAAAUACCCCAUUUUUCACGUACGUUAGGCCAAUAAAAACAGAAAACUAAUUGCCGUACCAACACUAUUUGAACUUUUGAAACGAAAGUGUUUUUAAAAGUAAUAGACAUUAACCAAUCCUGUUAUAAUAUUAAGAUUUCUACUCCAAAUGAAUAUUGAAGUAUGUAUGUAUAUAAAUAUAGAAUAAUUGUCCAUAAAAUUGUAAAAUUUUCUAAUGAUAAUAAAGCUUAACUCUCUU